GGCCCCGAUAUGUAAUUCUGGACAGAUUCCUCGACAAGUUCUAGCUCUGAUUCCAGUUCCAGUUCAUCCGAUUCAACGUAUGUUCCUGAGAUGUAUAAUUUAUUUUGCUCAUAAGUCAGUCUAAAGUUCAGGGGAUGAUGCAGGCAUGUAUGUCUUGUUAUUGCCAUGUAUUGCCGCCUCACGACCACAGAUUCAUCAUCAAGUGAAAGCGAGGGCGACAGUAAAAAAGGAACUCAGGCCUGUAAAAAGGUGCCAGAAAUCCUCUCAUGUGGAGACCGCGAAACGAGUGCGACCCUGUCCUCUGAUGCCAAGGUUCCUGAAGUGAAGUCUAAAGUCACCAAACAGAAACCUUCAGUCAAGGGAAGCUCGAGCUCGAGCUCAGGGUCUGAUUCUGAUUCUGAUGACUCCACGACUGAUUCUGCGUCCGACAAAAAGCUAGCCCGCAAAGGCACCCAAAAAAAGGAUGUUAAUUCAUCGGAUUCCAGCUCCAGCUCCUCUAGCUCCGACUCCAGUUCCUCUGACUCUGACUCUACAUCGUCCGACUCUGAGUCCACUACCUCGAGUUCUGAGUCUGAGUCUGAAGCCGAGAUCACUGUCGGACGUGGCGUCGCGUCCUCUAAAUCUAGGGCCAAUACAGGCGUCACAUCAAUCCCCAAAGAGGAAAUGCAGGUAACAAAAAAGCGAAAGACAUCUGAGUCUGGAGCUGCUGUAGUCACUGCUGCGGUGUCAACACAUCCUACCGAUGAUGUGCAAGUUUCAGCGAAGGUCAGAAAUAUCCAGAAAAAUGGUAAUGGCAAAACCCCACGAAACGCGAAUGAGCGAUUUUCGAGGAUAAAACCCCAAAAUAUACCUGCGGAACAACUUCUAGACAACGGGUACGAAGCAAAGGGUGGCGUCACUAAUGACUACGGCAAUCGUGCACACCAGGACUUGAUUGUCACGCGGGGUGCAGGAUUCAGGAAGGAGAAGAACAAGAAGAAGAGAGGUUCAUACCGCGGUGGAGAAAUCACUUUGCAAAGUCACAGUAUCAAGUUCACAGAUUAGACAUAUGUAUGGUCGGAUAUACAUUGCAUAAGUU